GCAUAUUACGUAUGAUAGUUUGUAAAAAUGAAAAUUUGUUGAAACUGAAAUCAAUUUCUUUUCAUGUGUGAUGAAAAGAGAAUUCUGUAAGGCAUCAAUGGCAAUUAUGUUUGAUUUCAAAAUUAUAGCUGUAACUGUAAUUUCGAUGCCCGCUAGUUUUGUUUUUAGUAUGUUUGCUCAAAGAUUUUAUUCUUCUUUAAAAAAUGUAUCAUAUAGUGGGUUACGUUAUUUAUGUUCGCGAUUAAAUAGUUUCACAUGGCGUACACAUACGUGUGGAGAGUUAAAUGCUUCUCAUGUUGGACAAGAAGUAAUUAUUUGUGGUUGGACUUCAUAUCAAAGAUUAGACAAAUUUAUAAUACUUCGAGACGCAUAUGGUCUUACACAAGUUAUAUUUAAAGAGAAUGAUAACUCAAAUAAAAAAUUUUUACAAUCCUUACCUCUAGAAUCUGUAGUUCAGGUAAAAGGCAUUGUGCAGAAACGACCAUUGAAAGAUAUAAGAAAGGAAUUACCAACAGGAGAAAUAGAGGUUGAAGUUACGAAUAUUAAUCUUUUGAAUGCAAGUAUUCCAGUGCUACCUAUAUCUGCUAAGAAUCAAGAAAAGGUAAAUGAUGUUACAAAACUUAAGUAUAGAUAUUUAUAUUUACGGAAUCCUAAGAUUCAAGAAAAUCUUCGAAUGCGAUCCAAAAUAUUGAUGAAAAUGAGAGAAUUUUUGCAUGAAAGACAUGGUUUUGUUGAUGUGGAAACACCUACACUUUUUAAGAAGACACCUGGUGGUGCUAAAGAAUUUAUAGUUCCAACUAAAUUUCCUGGAAAUGUCUAUGCUCUGACACAGAGUCCUCAACAGUUCAAGCAAAUGUUGAUGGUUGGAGGACUGGAUAGAUACUUCCAAAUUGCUCGCUGUUACAGAAAUGAAGGAACUAAAGUUGAUCGACAGCCAGAAUUUACACAACUGGAUGUUGAAGCUUCAUUUGUGACAAGUAAGGAUAUCCAAGCUUUGAUUGAACAACUUUUGAAAUUUAGUUGGCCUGCUGAAAAGGGUAAUAUAAAGAUACCUUUUCCUUGUAUGACAUAUGCAGAUGCCUUAUCCUUAUAUGGUACUGAUAAACCAGAUCUACGGUAUGAAAUGAAGUUAUGUAAUUUGACUAGCCAUUUAAAGAAUUCUGGUCUUCAGUUAGCUUCCCAAGCUAAUGAUGAUCCUGACUACAUUAUUUCUUCUAUUGUCGUACCUGGUGGAUCAAAAUUUUAUAAAAAUUCUGUGAUUAAAGAAUACCAGCAGGAAGCAGACCUAUCAGCUGUGAAACUAAUACCUAUUACAAUAAAAGAUGAUUUGUCAUGGACAAGUAUGAUAUCAAAACAUCUUGCAACAGAUACACAGCAAAAACUAAGUCAUGACUUAGUUAGUAAACCUGGAGAUUUAAUAUAUUUAGCUGCUGGAAAAUCUCAGAGUGUAUAUACCUUUUUAGGGAAAAUAAGAGUUAGAUGUGCUGAAUUGAUACACCCUUUAAGCACAGAUUUGAAGAAAACAAAUGCAUUUAAAUUUGUUUGGAUUACUCAUUUUCCUCUUUUUCUCCGAAAUGAAAAGGGUUCUUUUGAAUCAACUCAUCAUCCUUUUACCGCACCUUAUCCUAAUGAUAUAGACUUAAUUUAUACUGAUCCUUGUAAGGCCAGAGCUCAGCAUUAUGACUUGGUGUUAAAUGGCCAAGAAAUAGGAGGUGGAUCUAUACGAAUACAUGAUGCUUAUCUUCAAAAAUAUAUUCUUGAAGAAGUUUUGAAGGAAGACUCUGGUGCCCUUCAACAUUUAUUAGAUGCUUUGAGUAGUGGUUGUCCUCCACAUGGUGGCAUUGCCCUUGAAUAGAAUCCGAAAUGUGCCAUGGCAGUCAACGUGUAAAUGGAUGAUGAGUCCAAUGUUUGUGGCCAACAUCCGGGAUUUUGAAGAAAUAAUAGUAUCAAAGAAAAGAUGAGGCUUGGGUUAAUGUAGACAAUUGUCUCUUAUCCAUCACAUUCUGUCAAGAUGAAAAUGAAAUAAUUAGAGUUAUGAAAAUGAAAUAAUUAGUGAGAAAGGAGAAGAAUGAUGGGGAGGAUGAAGAUGAAGACAACAUGCAGUGUUAAAACAACUAUAUGGAAAGAAGCUGACAAAGGAUUGCAGAUUUUCAUAAGAUUUGCCAAUAAAUAUUCAGCUAUGUCAUGAUAUUAUGAAGCUUCAUUGUACAGACAGUGAAUUUUUAAAACUAUGGCCACAGUCUUGCAAGCAGGCACACAUUUGAAGUAGUAUAUCCCUUUGCAUUAAAAAAUUUCUACCUUUCACGUUAUAAUACAUAUGGUUAAUUUUAAAAUGUUUUUGUUUUUCUAAAAUAUAAAAUCUUGUGCAUGUGUUUUAAUUUUAAACUAUCUGCAUGGUUUUUCAAUGUUAUUUAGUUGUGGCCGAUGACUAAUGUACUAUGCUAUAAUUUCUAUAGAUAGCUUCAUAAAACAUAAACACAAAAGUUCUAGAUAUGUAUAUUUGAUUAUCCGGAAAAAUCUCUUAUGCAGAAUCGGCAAGGUCCUAUUGCUGCUGGUUAAAAGCUUCUACUGUACAUUGCAAAUUCAUAAAUAUUUUUUUAUAAAAUAGUAGAAAUACUAAAGUAUAAUAUCUAUUUGAAUGAACGAACAAGAUCCACUGGUGUCAGUUGAGUGAUUUCAAUUAUUCACAUGUGGGGAAGCAUAUUAUAUUGGAUCACAUAGAAAUCUAUUUGAAUUGAAUCAUUCUUUUACUCUUUGUUCCUAUACCAACACUUCUGCUGUUCCUUGAAACUCUCCUAUAGUCUUAAUAUUAUUCUAAUACAGAUGCUUUGCUUUUAUUUUUAGUCACAUGAUCAUGAUAACAGUCAUUAUAGAGAUCACGUGACAGAGGAAAAAAUUGCAAAACUUUCAGUGGGAAGUUCUGAUGUGAUAUGCUAGGAAUGGGGAAAUGCAGAAAAUUCACUUAUUUUUUUCAUUAUUGUUUUAAAAGAGGGUGAAGAAUUGGUAUUAUAAUAAGUCAAAAUAUUGAGCUUUUAUAAAAGAUUCAUUUUUUAAAGCUGAAAUUUUAAAAUAACCAAAUGCAAUGAUUAAAAAAAAUCAAGCUAAAAUUACUUGCCCUUUUUUUUUCUUUAACUGGAAAAAAAAAAAUAGCAAAUUAUGUUAGAUUCAAAAUAAACUGCAUUUAAAAGAUUUUUUCCUCCUUAUAUGAUGGUACAGAUUCUGAGACCAUCAGCUUAUUAAGCAAAGAUUUUGGAAAAAAAAAAUUUCAACAAUAAAUUAAUAAAAAUCUAAGUUGAAUUUUGUAAGUGCUUUGAAAAUGUUCAUUGCACUAACAAUACAUGCCAAAUUUCAUAGCACUGGGUCUACCUAUUUCUGCAUUGUGCAAUAUAUGUGCAUAUACGUUAACUCUUUCAUCCCAAUUGAUGUACACAAAAUUAAACUGCCACCAUUUUUGGUUUUACCAAGAGACUCUUGGUUUUUUAUCACUCUCCCAAUAUACCACCGAAUCUUCCAGAUCUAAAUUUUUAGUCUUUACUAAGGAACACUUUUCCCAUCAAUUUUUUAAUUAAUGAAACUUAAAUUGUGCAAAUAUCAUAUGUAAUGAUUUUUAACAUAAAUUAAAUUUUCUUAUUGAAUUUUAUAUCUAAAUUGUUGUAAUUCUUUGUACACAUUUGUAAGACUUUAUAUAAAGAUUUAACAAAUGUAACCAGUUAAUAUUUGUAUUUAAUAUAUUCACUGCCAUCUACAAGAAUACUCCUACUUGAGAAAGAGUUUACUCGACAGCUACUAAAUAACUUGUUAUUGAUUGCCUUAGCUAAAUCACCGAGUAUAAGUAUUGCUGUAGCAUAUACAUCCAAUGUUUAGGUAUUU